GCCACGCCUGAGGAGCGCCUGCCCCAGAAGGCCCAGCAGCUGCGUCAGCUGCAGGCCCAGCAGGGACGGCUCAAGAACCAACCCAUCCAUGCUGCGCAGACGCAGAAGGACCUCGAGACCAAGCUCAGGACCAACAUCGACGAGUGCUUGGCGCAGCAGGCUCAGCAAGCUGAAGACGAAGGGUUCCCAGAGUUGGGAUCAGAAGAGAUGGCAUCCCUCGACGAGACCACGCGCAAGCAGUAUGAAGAGGCAUCGGCAGCUCACAAGAAGGCUCGCACCGCGCUCAAGUCAGCCACAGACGCGGGCAAGGCAGCAGAUGCAGACAAGGACCAGACGAAGGAGAUCGCCAACCCAGCAGCGGUGGAUUUCACCAAUGCGGCCGAGAUGGACCUGUACAUCUCGCAGAUGAAGAGUGGCCAUGUGGACGUGCUGUUCGCAAACGUCACGCACUACGGGGAGAAGGUGCGACACGACGUGGAGCACUGCAAUUUUGACAUGAUAGGCCUGGCGGAGCACCACCUGCUACCCAAGGCCGCCAAGCAGGAGGCCACGAAGCUGCGAUUCAAGGGGUGGCAAUCGCAGUACACAUGGACGCCAGCGACAUCGACGAAGAGGAGUACGACAG